CUGACGUGAGUGAGGGAUUACUCUUAAGGUUGAUUUUGCGAGCAACAUCCUCUGAACUUUUGAUGAUCUCGCUUGUUCGGAUUGUGAAUCGCACGUGCAUGUGUAUGGAGUACGUGUGAGAGCUACCAUCGUUGGUUGAAUUAUUCUUUCCAAAUCGAUCCCGAGGCCUCUUUUCAUUGGCCAUCCUUUCACAUCUCUAUAAUUGCACCUUUUUGCCUCCGCGUGGAAACGUAAUCGCUAGCUAGGUGGGUUGAUGGCAUCCAAGGACGAUACCGAGUUUUAUGUCUGAACCGAGUGGAGAGAUAAUCACUCGUCUCAGCGCUCGGGGUCUUCUUUGUGUUCGUCUCUCCUUCGCAUCUCGCAUGCAUCUCGUCGAGUCGUGACUCGUUUUCGCUGUCCUCCGUUUCUCUGAAGUCCCCACUACGACUCUCGAUGGGUGAGUGAGGUAAUGUACGAGAUCCACGCUCGCUUGGACCUGGAACGUGGUUCUUGGUUUAGUAAGGUGCCUCAGUAGAUCGACUUGGCACUUAGCUGCACAGUAUUGUGAGAACAAAUGUCAUUUUCGAAAAGAAAUAAGCUUCGAUGGGUACAAUCCCAAGAUGGCCAUGUGCCUCCAGGGGCGAUUGCCGGCGGGAGAGAGAAGAACAAUCCGUACACUUUCAUUGGCCGAUUCACAAUGCGCGAUAAGGCCUACAUUGGCCGGGUGGUACCCACCCAUGGGACUUGUUAUGUCAUUUGCAAGGCCAUGGAGCACAAGCGGAGUUGUUACCAAGUGUUAGUGAAUCCCUCUUCGGAUGUCUUGGUCUGGCGAAAGGAUUAUUUGGGUCACGUGCCUGACACGGCCAUCCAGUUUUCAACCCACCAGUCAUCCUCGUUUGCCGAUUCUAAUUUCGAUUUUCUGUCAAGUAAUGACGUCAAAGAGCCUCCUCCUCCUCCUAUCAUCGAACCAGCGGUCAGAGCAUUCGGCGGGACUAAGUGCGAACCAAUCUCGUCUGUAGAACCCUAUUACAUAGGACGUGCCCGUGUGAGCAAAAACGUGGUCAUUCCAGGGUAUAUUGUACCAUGUCACGGCAUGAUUCAUUCUGGUUACGACAACCGGGAGAUCGUCAAGGAUGAUUAUGAAGUGUUGUGCCACAAUCAACCUUGCUCCCUAAAGUAUCUAGCAGCCAAGAAAAUUCGUGAUAUUGUCAGGAAACGGGACAGACUCUACAAUGCCAAAUACUCCACUAGAAUCAGUAAUGCUCUUUUCAACAUUGAGAAAAUCUUCUUAUCAAUGCUUCGAAAGGAACCUCGAAGACGAGAGGGAUCUGAAGAUAAAUUGGAGCUUCCCAACACUUUGGUAUCCUACAUUCGAUCCCCUCGAUUACCCGACGUUUCGGUAUUACAGCGUCUUGAUUUCAACACUAUCAUGGCCAAUUGUUGUCCUCCUGAGGAGAAUUGUUGUUGCCAAAUGUGGGUUGAGGUGACAUUACAGGGUUUAUACUGACGAUAAAAGGGCGAACAUGGAUGGCGAAUUUUGCACUGUUUUGUACCUAAAUAAAUAAACUUUCCAAAUCGGUAACAUAAUUGUCUUGGAAACUGAGAAUAAACGACCACGU